ACGUAAACGAAUCACCGGCCUGGGAGAUUAACGAAAGAACCACGAAGACAUGCUGUUUAAGGCUAAUUCUUUAUCCGUAAUUGCAUUUGUGGCAUUGGCGGUGGCCUCCACAUCAGCCGAUAAGGCCACACCUCCUCCCUGUAGGGCCUGUAGCCUGCUUGUAACAUCUUUCAAAGUUGGCCUGGAACGCACCAAGCGCGGACAUGGUGGUGGAGAUACUGCUUGGGAGGAGGAAAAACUACGUUCCUAUAAAAACAGCGAAGUUCGACUCGUGGAGAUCCAGGAGCGGCUUUGCUCGGAGGCAGAAGUGGCAAAUAAAGACCAUUGCCACAACCUUGCCAACGAGCACGAGGCGUUGAUUGAAGACUGGUUCACACACAAGCAAGCCGAGAGUCCGGACCUGCAAUCCUGGCUGUGCGUUGAACAGUUGAGCGUGUGCUGUCCGCCCAACACCUAUGGACCAAACUGUCUGCCCUGCAGCGAUUGCAGUGGCAACGGCAAGUGCAAAGGAGCCGGAACGCGAAAGGGCAACGGUAAAUGUUUAUGCGACGCUGGCUAUGCGGGAUCGAAUUGCAAAGAGUGUGCCCGUCAGUAUUAUGAAUCAUUCCGGGACGAAAACAAGCUCCUGUGCACACAGUGCCAUACUGCGUGUGGCGAUGGCGGUUGCACAGGGGCUGGUCCGAAGAGCUGCCGCAAAUGCAAGGAUGGCUGGAGCAUGGAUUCGGAAACAGGAUGCGUGGAUAUCAAUGAAUGCCUGGAACAGCAGCGCCCGAACGCAUGCCGUGCCCAGCAGUUCUGUGUGAACAACGAAGGAUCUUUUACCUGCCUCGAAUGUGAUCGGUCCUGUAAUGGUUGUGAUGGCGAUGGCCCAGACAUGUGCAAGCAGUGUGCGGAUGGCUUUGUGCUCAAAGAUGGCAAAUGUCACGACCAAUCCGCGGAGGAGCGCGACUCGUAUGUGAACUUCACGCGAUUACUCACCUACUUCGGCAUGUGUGUGGCCACUUGUGUUAUCUUUCAAAGCUCCACACAUAUAGGCUGGGGCUGUGUCGUUGGUGCGGCUGUUGCCGUAUACAUUGCCGCCUCCGAGUACUGGCUUAACUCCCCACAAGCCGGCAUUAAUCCCGAAAUCGACACAAAGCAAUUAGAGGAGCUGAUUAUGAAGUCAUUAUAAGCCGAACUGAGCCAUCAUUAAGCAUUAAGCUACAAAUUGGGCCAUAGUGUGUUUAUUCUAUGAAUAAGUCGCGGCAGGCCAAUUCGCGUGAAAGAUCAGCAGUAUUCCUGAUUAAACAAAAUGUUC